CCUCAGUUUUUAUGAACGGUUGCGGUCGGCUGAAUGUUGGGUGCAAAGAGUUGCUUUUCCCUGCGCUAGUGUCCAAGCCACUAUGCGGAAUUUACGCGCUGCUGUGAUCGUCAGCUUCAUGAGUUUGAAUAUUAUCUUCUGCGAAGGUAUUCAUCGCUCAAACCAAUACAGUACGGACUUGAAAAAAGUUGAAUCUUUAGUCAGCAGAUAUGCCUUGCCAACGAACGUGCAUGGUGUAGCAGCAAAGUUACCUUACACAUUCGGAUACCGUUUCACAGACGACUAUGGAACCUUUCAGACCCGAGAAGAAAAGACAGAUCCAAAUGGAUCGAAAACAGGAUCGUACAGUUUCGUCGAUCCAAAGGGGAUCUACAGGAGGGUUGAAUACAUCGCUGACCACCACGGAUUCCGGGCAACAGUGAUGACCAACGAACCUGGAACUAUGUCAGCUGAUCCAGCCCACGUUCGAAUUAGGAAUGACAAUGAGAAUAAAGUAUCUUACAGGCAAUCAUUGGGAAAUUCGCCUCAGCAAGACUACAGUAGCAAUAUCUACUCCAGGCAAAAUUUGAGCAAUGGUUUUCCACGCAUCAACAGCAAUUCAAUGACUUCGUUACCAAGUUUGGAUUUUAGCAGACAAAACUCUAUUUUUGGUACGAGUCCUAUCUUCGAAUCUGAAAGGAUUGUUACAGAUCCAGAUGUAAAAUUUCAACAUCACACCAAUACAUACAAAGGCAGCCCUUUUCCUUCUGUUCCAGCAACAACACCUAUACUUCUUCAGCAACUCGACGUACCUAAUCCAUCCACAUAUUCGAAAUCACAGGGACAAAAUACGGACAAAUAUUUCGAUGAACCUGUGUUAAACCCAAAAUAUAUUUUUGAUGAUAAUUUGCCUAAAGUUGAAUUUCAAGUAUCACCCCCUACGAGAUACCCCAGAAUACAUCGCGACUCACGCGCAAGGUUAAAACGAAAGAGGCCAAUUUUAAAAGUACAUAUUCCUCAUGGAUACGAAAGUUUUCCAGAUUUGCCUCUAUAUAGAGACAAAUAA